ACGAGGCGGCGGUUCCUGUUUGCUUCUCGCUGUGCGUCGCUCAGCGCCAUUUUGUCCCGGGCCUUUUCGCGAGAAGCUGCAGAGUCGGACAUCCAUACGAGCGGAACCGUGCACAUCCCGAACCAUGGCUGAGAGCUCGUCUGCGUCGGACGCGGUGUCGCUUGAGCUCCCAGAGGGGGCAGGGGUGCGCAAAUUGUCGGAAUUACGAGUUAUCGAUUUAAAAGCCGAGCUGAAACGGCGAAACCUAGACGCCAGUGGCAAUAAGAGUAUGCUGUCCGAGAGACUGAAAAAGGCGAUUGAAGAAGAAGGUGGGAAUCCUGAUGAAAUCAUAGUCUUUCUGGAGGCGACGCCCAAGAGGACGCCCAAGAGGGCAGCCAAGGGCAAAAGACAGGAGAACGAUGGCUCUGAAGACUGUACUAUUGAAGAGGAUUCUGGAGAUGGGCAGGAGGACCCAGACAUCAACCUGGACAGCAACUUGGACAGCCUUCAUGAGAUGGACAUCAUGGACAUGAGCGUGUUGGAUGAGACGGGGACCGAUAAUGGCAUCCCGGCCGAGUGCGAGGACUACGAUGCCGACGAGAUCCUCGACUCGCUGUCCAAUGAGGGGAAUGCCGAAGUGGGCCAGGACGAGCACGACAUCAUACACGACGAAGAUUCGGGCUUCCCGGACCCUCUAGCAGAUGUCCAACCCGAGGAGAUGAUGGACCCUGAAUGUGUUGAUUUGGGAGCCGAAGAUGAAGAUUUGAAGUAUUCGGCAAAAGAGGACCUGGAUGUGUUUGAAUCUGAAGACGCGAAAGAUGAAAUAGAAAAUGAGAAAGUAGCCGGGUCUUGUAAAUCUGAGCCGCUUAAGGAAGACCCCCUGGAACAGCUGUCCGAAGAAGAGCCCACCGCCGUCGAGGGCUCUCUGAACGAUGAACCGGAGGAAGACAAUGUGUCCGUCGCCAUUAACGCUGACGAUGCCUUCAAUCUGGAGAGCGAAGCGUCGACUAGCGACAUGGAAAAGGGCGAGUCGAAAGAAAGCGAGGGCAAAUCAAAAGCGGAGGACAAGCACAAUGUUCAGGAGGACGUAAUGGACACGGACAAUGCGUGCACGCAGGCCUCUAGCUUAAGCGAGCAGGGUUCGAACGAAAAAUGCGCUGUCGAGUCAGAAGCGAAGUCAAAAGCGGUGGGUGAGGAAGAUGGCAGGAAGAUGGAAGAGAGUGCUGCGGAAUCCACGGCAGUGAAAGAGUCCUCCUCUCUUGAGGGCGAUGAUCAUAAAAAGAGCACUGAUGAGGAAAAGGCUAGUAAGCCUGAAUCAAAAGAUGAGAAAGCCCCGGCGAGCACCUCUGCCGCCACCAGCAGUGGCCGGAACCUGUGGGUUAGCGGCCUCUCUUCAACCACCAGAGCAACGGACCUCAAGAACUUGUUCAGCAAGUAUGGCAAGGUUGUUGGAGCGAAGGUGGUGACAAAUGCCAGGAGCCCGGGGGCGCGCUGCUAUGGCUUCGUCACUAUGUGCUCCACUGAGGAGGCCACCAAGUGCAUCAGCCAUUUGCACAGGACCGAGCUGCAUGGCCGGAUGAUCUCUGUGGAGAGGGCUAAAAACGAACCUGCUGGAAAGAAGCCAGCUGACAAGGCUGAAGCCAAGAAGUCUGGUGGCGACAGACGCCAUUCGUCGGACUCCAAGCCGGAGAAGUCUGAUGCCAAUAAGGAUGAAAAAUCAGAAGGUUCUGAAGCAGGGAAGGAUGGCAAAGGCCGUGCCGCUGAGAGGACGGUGGUCAUGGAUAAAUCCAAGGGGGAGCCGGUCAUCAGCGUCAAAACCAAGAGCAAGGAGCGAAGCACCAAGAGCCAUGAUCGCCGGUCUUCCAGCAAGGAGAAGAAGGACAUCCUCUCUUUCGACCAGAUCAAGGAGCAGCGUGAGCGCGAGCGCCAGAGGCAGAGGGAGCGCGAGAUCCGCGAGGUGGAGAGGCGGCGGCAUUCUGGGGAGAGAGAACGGGACAGAGACGGCCGCGCCGAGCGGGAGAGGAUCCGCCUCUUCCGGGAGCGGGAGGAGCGGGAGCGGCUCAUGCGCAAGCGCAACUGGCUGGAGGUGGAGAAGCAGCGGCUGGACGCGGACCGCAUGGAGCGGGAGUUCCUGGAGCGGGAGCGCAUGCGCGUGGAGUACGAGCGGCGGCGGGAGCAGGAGCGCAUCCACCGCGAGCGCGAGGAGCUGCGGCGGCAGCAGGAGCAGCUGCGCUUCGAACAGGACCGCCGGCCCCUCAAGCGGCCGUACGACAUGGACCGGAAGGACGACUGGCAGGACAAAAGGCUCGCCAUGGACGAGCGCUACGGACGCUCGGACUUCGGCCGCCCGGACCGCUACCAGGACUUCGACCAUCGAGACCGGGGCCGGUACCAUGACGACAUCCUCAUGGACAGGAGAGAGACGUCGCGGGGCAUGAUGGGAGACAGAGACGGGCACUUUGACCGUAAUGACAGGCAUGGCAGAGACACUCGGGACAGCUGGGGCUACGAUAAGCGGGGCCUCAAUCCCAGGGACGGCCGUGAUUGGGACUCCGGGCGGAAAAUUGAUGGUGACAGAGGAUGGCAAAGUGACCGAGGUAUGCCCGGGCAGAGUCCCAUGGGACGAGGAGGAAUGUCAGGCCGUGGAGGUUACAUGCAGGGAACGGCCUCACAGAGUUUGUCUGGUGCCCUAAACCGACCCAGCCAGAUGAUGCAGGGCAGCGGAAUACAAGGGGGGGCUUUUGGCAGACGUUACUGACUUUGUCUCCUGUCCCCCUGUUCCGAUGUCCGUGUCUUUUGCCUGCGUAAAUAUCGCUUCAUGCUUUGUGAGUUCAAUCUCCCACACUCCCAACUUUGGAAGAAGCCAACGACCAACGUUGUAUCAAACCGUUUGGGUUUUUAAGACGUUUUUUCAUUCCAAAUGUCAUUUGUUUUAAAAGUCAAUGAUUUAUUUUUUUUUUCCUCUUCCUCCCCCCCUUGUCUUUUAAUUGAUCAGCGUUGGAAGUAAGAUCUUGGUGAGGAAUGCUCAGGAACUAUUGACACUGCACAGAGUGACUAACACCAGUGAUCUGUGGAUUUUAAGGACAAAAGAUGAAACAUUUUGAAUAUUUCAAUAAACUUUGAUUGUGACUGUAACAUUUUGUAUAGGACGAAACAACCCCCCUGACACACACACAACCAACGUACCACAUUCGCUGGCUCUCUCAAGCAGUUAGUCUGUCCACAGCAGUGAGGUCUCCUUUAUUCAGCACAGUGUAGUUCCUUUAUCUCACCACACGAUGUCACCCUCAGUGCACGAUCUUGACUUUCGCUGUGAGAUGGACAUUCUCCCUUAAUAAAGCGAUUUCCUCAUGCAGUUGUAGCUA